AUAAACAGCGAUAAAAAGCAACAGUCAAACAGUCAAACAAAAAGUUUCAUUCUCGUGUUGCAAACGCCACAAGUAACACAGUAAGGCCCACGUCAACCCCCUCCCCCUCGCAUCCGAUCAGACAGCUAAAGGCAAAUCGACAACGACAAUGGAGGUGGCAGGACCUUCAGUCUUAUCCAUAUCCACCUCAAAUGCUAAAGCUACGGUCAACCCCUGCUCCUGCUGCACCUCCAACUUCAGAUCCUGCUACGGAUACCCAACACGCGUUCAGCAAACGUCGUUUCGCAGUUUGUUCAGCGUUUGAGCAUUGCAACGAAGAACGAGCAAGUUUUGUUGAGUUGCUAGCAAACUCAAAUAGACGACAAAGUAACAGCAAUAAAAACAACGAGCGGCAAGUGGGGAAAGGGGGCGUCAACAGGCGAUGGCAUCGCGUCCUGGCAGAGCCCUGCACAAACACUCCAGAAGAACGACGUCGACGACGACGGCUGCCUUACUGUUGACGCUGGCGCUGAACAUUGCGACUAGCAGUUGAGGAGGCUGUGGAUAUGGAUGAACUAUGACCCAUCGCUUAUUUGCAUUGCAAAUUGCAAUUAUGCGAGAGAACGAAGAGUGAUUAUCCGCCAAGUGCGGAGCCAGACAACCAAAAGAGACAGCGUUUGUAAUCAGCGCAACAAUAAAUCGAAAUAAUGUCAACGCUUAAAGUUUAUCACAACCCAAGCAUGGUAAUGGCAAUGCCACUACCAACAUCAACGGCAAGAGCAACAGCAGCCGCAAUGGCAAAUGCAAAUACAACGAGAAGGCCUAGCAAGUCGAUGGCAAUACUUGCAGCUGGUGCAGCAGCAUUUAAUGCAACAGCCACAACAACAACAACAACUGCGAUAACUAACAGCAGCAGAAGUAGCAGUAACUUGCUACUGACUGCGGCUACAAAAACACUGAGAACAGCAACAACAACAGCAGCAGCCGUAGUAACAGCAAAAGCCACAUCAACAGCAACAGCAACAACAAUAUCAACAUCAACAUCUACUCUGCCAACUACAUCGCAAUUUGUGGAUGCCUCGUUGACUUCGCUGUCAUUAACGGCAUCAUCAACAACCCCGUCCACUGCUUCAUCUCCGGCAAGCGCCAUCGAGCUACUCUCAACCGUCGCUGGCAAUUUGACGGGUAACACAAAUGCCAAUAUCAGCAGCUUGGCUGAAACCGACGAACAAUUCGAGGACAGUUGGCUGGAUAUGUCGUUGCUGCUGCUCAAGGGCUUCAUCUUUUCGGCAAUUAUACUCGCCGCAGUGCUGGGAAAUGCAUUGGUGAUCAUAUCUGUGCAACGCAACCGGAAAUUGCGCGUUAUAACAAAUUACUUUGUUGUGUCAUUGGCGAUGGCCGACAUGUUGGUCGCCCUCUGUGCGAUGACAUUCAACGCAUCCGUGGAGCUAUCUGGCGGCAAAUGGAUGUUCGGACCCUUCAUGUGCAACGUGUACAACAGUCUGGAUGUCUACUUCUCCACAGCGAGUAUAUUGCAUCUGUGCUGCAUAUCGGUUGAUAGAUAUUAUGCGAUAGUGCGUCCAUUGGAGUAUCCAUUGAAUAUGACACAUCGAACGGUUUGCUUUAUGCUCGCCAAUGUGUGGAUAUUGCCCGCCCUCAUAUCGUUUACGCCCAUUUUCCUGGGCUGGUAUACAACGGCGGAGCAUUUGCGUGAGAUCUCCCUGCAUCCGGACCAAUGCUCGUUUGUGGUUAACAAGGCCUAUGCACUUAUAUCCAGCUCGGUGAGCUUCUGGAUACCGGGCAUUGUAAUGCUCAUCAUGUACUGGCGCAUCUUUAAAGAGGCAGUGCGGCAGCGCAAAGCAUUGAGCCGCACCAGCUCAAACAUACUGCUGAACAGCGUUCAUAUGGGCCACACCCAGCAGCCCACGAAUCUUAGCUACUUGCAUCCCAGUGACUGCGAUCUCAAUGCCAAGUCUACGAGGGAUGAGUCGAACAGUGCACUCAGCAACUUGGAGGACAUGCUGCAGACGGCAACCGAUGAGGACGACGAUAAGGAGUGCGAUGACCUGCGCGUGCCAUCGCCGCCACCACGUCGUCUCAGCCGCAGCAGCAUUGAUCUACGUGACCUCGAGCAGGAGCGUUACGAGAAGGUCACGCACACGGACAGUGCCCCAUCGAUGAUGGCGCUGCAGCAGCAGCAGCCAGGACCCGGCCAACUCCAAGCACCGGUGCCCGUAUUCAAUCCACUCAUUUGGACGGAGACGCUCACAGGCAAAGUGCCACAGCCGGCGACAGCAACCGUACAAAAGGAACACAGCCUGACGAGCGGCAGUGGGAACAGCGAUCCCGAGCCGGAGUCAACGGCAUAUCGCGUGUUUGGCCUGAAUAGCGAUGAGAGCGAGACGACGGAUCAUUAUGAUACUUGCCAACUGCCACCACUGGCCGAGGACAACAAGGAGCUUAAGCGUCUCAUCGAGGACAAUUACUUGUACUUUAAGAAGCAAACGAAUGCAGCCAGCGGCAGAUAUGCAGCACUCAGCGAAUCGGAUUUUAUACGCCUGAAAGCAGGAGCCGUGGCCAGUGGUCAGAGGGCACCAUUUGCCGCAAGUGACUCGGAAUUUAUGCGCACGAAUGGCGAAUCAAAGGCACCGAUCAGUGAUCCGCUGCCCGGCAAGGAGAAGGGCUUCACAUUCAUGUCGCUGCUGGCGAAAACCAAACGCUCUAGUGCCGAGUGCUUUGCACUGGAAAAGAAGCGACAUCAAGCCAAUUCCGAGGGUUCCAGCUUUUUUCGACGCUCGCGCAAUCGCAAACUCUCGCAAAGCUACAAUGGUGGAGCCGGUAGCAGUGGCAGCGGCGGAGGCGGCGGUGUCAAGGAACGCAAAGUUGAUCAGCGGAAGCGACAGCACAGCGACACGGACUCAACACCCAACAAGCCGGACAUACUGCUGGACAUCAAUGUGCUCAGCGAGCAAAAUGCGGCGAGUAGUGCAGCGGAUGCUGGCCAUCAUCAUCAUGGCCUCCAACUAAUUGAUUUUGGCAGCGAUGCGGUGGUCGGAGUUGGAGUGGAUGUGGGUGUCACUGGCGAGGAGCUAGCCCAAUUGGCCGAUUGCUUUGCGGAGUCACCCAUGCAUCCGGCAACACCGCCGCCAUCAUUGUCACCGCCCGAGCUGCCCGAGCAGAGUGGUAUGCUCAUAACAAACAGUUCAGAGCUGGCGGAGAUCUUUCGCUCGCUGAGCUUUCCCAUGGGUGAGCCGUCCGUGAGGCGUCAGACGGCGUCAAAGGGGCCGCAGCGCAUGAGCACGCUGAGCGAUCAGGUGUGCCCCAAUUAUAUGAUGUCCCCACCGAAUACGCCAGCAGCUGCUGCAACCACUCAGCCGACAUCCAUCAACGUGUACUUCCUGUCGCCGCCGCCGCACGCAUCUGGCUACUCGCCAAGUGCCACAUCUACCGUAUCCCUGGACAUGGUCACCUCGCUACCGGUGCCACAGUCAGCUGCACCUCACCAGCAUCAGCAUCAACACCAUCAGCAACCACUUAACAUAUCACCCAAACCCGAAAUCAUACUCGACUCCACGCUCUCGCCCGUGGACGCCAGCGAGGUGAAUGGCCUGGUCGAGCACAAGGAUGUCAACUCGCCGCUUCUGAAGCGCACAGAUAGCAACAAUGAAGCGGAUGUUAACGGUUCCGGCGGCCGGCAACGGUGCAGCAUUCUCACUGGCUACGAGGGCAUUCAGACGGUGCGCAAGCGACAAGCUUCCAUGGUGACAUACGAUGUGAACGUCAUCAACUUCUCGCAGGAACACAGUGACAGUCACAGCUACAUACCUAUGGGACGCGUCUCCACCAGCUCGGCAAAGCACGAAUUUUCGAAUAAAUCCUCGCUUAUACGACGCGGCGGCAUCUGCAUUUUUGUGGAUGAGGACGAGGCCGAUAACAUUGAGCAAAAGCCGCACGGCAUUACAUUUGCCCCGGUCACCAGCCCGCAGCCAAAAUGUCCGCUCUGUGGCGCCGACAUCACCGCCACCGCCACCGCUACAACCACCACUACCACCAUCACCACCACCACAACUACCACCAUCACUACCACCACUAACGACACCAACACCUCAGUCUCUGCAAGUAGUAAACGUAGUAGUCACGCUCAGGCCUCAGCUUCGGCUCUGGGUGCGACUCCGGCUCCAGGGCAGGAGCUAGCUUCGCGCACGCGUUCACGCUUCUGGCACAGACAAAUGGCGGCGCUUGCAGCAUGUUGGCAGCAGAGCAAGAACCGGAAGCGCCACUUCAAGCCCGGAUGUAGUCACUGUGGUGCGAUCGGCGGCUCGGUGCGACCCGCGAAAGGUUGGAAGGCCGAGCACAAGGCCGCUCGCACUUUGGGCAUUAUAAUGGGCGUAUUUCUGCUCUGCUGGUUACCCUUUUUCCUUUGGUAUGUCAUCACCUCGCUCUGUGGCGCUGCGUGUCCCUGCCCGGAUGUGGUCGUCGUGGUGCUAUUCUGGAUUGGCUACUUCAACUCGACCCUCAAUCCGCUCAUCUAUGCCUAUUUCAAUCGGGACUUUCGCGACGCCUUCCGCAAUACGCUGGAGUGUGUGCUGCCCUGCCUGGAGAAGCGAAAUCCCUAUAAUGCUUACUAUGUCUAGAGUCUAUAUCUAUGCCUAUGCAUAAGUUUAACCGAAUUCAAAUACGAAACGAUGGCCACUGUGAGUGAUAUUCAAUACGCUUAGCUAAUGCCAGAUUGAAGCGUCACUCAAGCGAAGAACAUCUUAGUUAAAGCCUUUGAGCUAAGCAAUACUCAAAUGUGUGUGUUUAUUAUUAUGGUAUACGUCUGUGUUGUAUUGUGAGGAUGUGUGUGUAUUGAAUUUAUAAGUAUGUUUGUAUUAGGCAAUGCUAGAAACUCUUAAACUAGCCGAUCAACAGUUAAUGUGUGUGUGUGUGUGUCUAUUAAAAUACUAUAUACGUAAAGUCCCAAUAAUGGAUAUGAAAAUGUCUUUGUCCCUAGCCAUAAGUUAAAGGAUUCUCGAAAUCGAAGGAAUUAAGCAAGCCACUAGAACUUACUAAGAGUGAAAACAAUAUGUAGAGAAGAAGAAAAAAAAAAGAUAGUAAUAACUAAGAAUAAUAAGCUUCGGUGAGUUUUCGAAGUUAGUAUACUCUUUCCAGUCUUUAAUCUUGACAACUACAAUUAGUAAAAGCAAUAUUUUAUUAAUGUAAUGCGUGUUCAAGUAUUAAACUAAGUAAUUUCAAAUGAAUUAUGAAUUCAAUGCUUCCGAUUGAUAAUUAUGGUAAAUGAUAAACAAAUUCUAGGGAAUGCAUCAACAAAUUCGAAUUAACGCUAAUAUAUAAAUUGUAGAACGAUUUAAGAAACAAAUCCAAUUCAAAUCAACGCUUAAAGUGUAAGUAAUUAGUUAAUAACUAAUAACUUGAGGUCUCACUUGUUCUACCAUUCUAGCAAAUCUUGGAAAGAGUAUAAGCCUUAAGCCUAACUAAGUGUUAAACGCAUAUAUUAGACUACUAAAUACUGUUCGUCUUGAAACCAACUUUCAAGUUUAAAGUUAUGCAAUCUAAAUGUAAUUGUCUGCGUCAUCAAGAACAUUCAAGCUUAAUGACAAUCUAACAAAAAGAAACCCAGCAACUUUGAGACCCAAAAAGUUGCCAGCUGUAGAAAAUUUCGUGAUUCGCUAAAACAAAUCGAUUAAGUUACUUUGUACGUACUACAUACAUACAUAUUAUAUGGUUUCCAAGUAUUUUGAGUUGAAGCUACUUUUGUGAUACCUAGAAAAAGGAAAUUUAUACCAAUUUUAGUUUAAUUCGUUAACGAUUCGUUCGCAUUGCAAGUUUAUGUUUAAGAAUCAAGCGACAGAAAUGCAAUCUCGACUAAAGUAA